GAAAUGGUGGUAAUGAGACGCAUCGAUCACACAGUAUCCUCUAAAACAAAUCACUCCAUUCUAAUUUUCCAUGGCUAGCUUUUCUUCAAGAAGUAGGACUAGUUCCUUAACGGCUGCAAUGCUCCUCCUCCUAGGAGUGCUCUUCAUGGCAAACCUUGACAUGACAGGAGCUCAAGUAGGAAUUUGCUAUGGAAUGAUGGGCAACGACCUUCCUCCUGCCACAGAGGUUAUAGCUCUCUACAAACAACACAAUAUCAAGCGGAUGAGACUCUACGAUCCAAAUCAGGCAGCUCUGAAUGCUCUCAGAGAUUCAGGCAUUGAAGUUAUGCUAGGUGUCCCAAAUUCAGAUCUUCAAAGACUUUCCAACCCCUCCGAUGCAAAUUCAUGGGUAAAAAAUAAUGUACUCAACUUCUGGCCAAGUGUCAGGUUCAGGUACAUAGCUGUUGGCAAUGAAAUUAGUCCUGUCAAUGGCGGCACAUCCUGGAUGGCCCCAUUUGUUUUGCCUGCCUUGGUAAAUGUAUUUAAUGCUGUAAGAGCAGCAGGCCUUCAGGACCAAAUCAAGGUCUCAAUUGCAGUUGACAUGACCCUGAUAGGAACUUCCUAUCCUCCCUCAGCAGGUGCUUUCAGGGGUGAUGUUAUAUCAUACUUAGCCCCAAUUGUUGGACACCUAUCAUACGCAAAGACGCCUUUAUUUGCUAAUAUUUACACUUAUUUUAGCUAUUCUGAUAACCCGCGAGACAUUUCCCUUCCCUACGCUUUGUUUACCUCACCAUCAGUACUUGUAUGGGACAGUGGUCGCGGUUAUCAGAAUCUUUUUGAUGCAAUGUUGGAUUCCUUGUACUCUGCCCUCGAGAGACUCGGAGGAGGUAACACUUUGGAUGUUGUCGUGUCCGAGAGUGGAUGGCCAUCGGCAGGAGGAUUCGGAACAACAUCUGAUAACGCAGGUACUUAUCUCUCGAAUUUGAUUAGGCAUGUGGAAGGAGGUACGCCGAAGAGGCCUGGCAGAGCUAUAGAGACUUACAUAUUCGCCAUGUUCGAUGAAAAUCAGAAGCAACCAGAGUUGGAGAAACACUUUGGUGCAUUCUCCCCGAAUAAACAACCUAAAUAUAAUCUCAAUUUCGGAAGAAACUGUGACAUUGCUGCGGAACAAAACGCGACAGUUUCCCUUAAGAGUGACAUGUAAGAUUCUCAAUUCUCAUGAGAGUCUAAUUAAAAGUCCUUACAGAUUUCUGUGUGUACCUUAAGUUUUUUUUUUAAGAGAAUUUCACAGUGUAAUAAUUCUCAUCUUAAAUAAAAGAAUGUCAUGUUUGUUUUCCCUUAA